AUGAAUAGUGACGAUACUACUGGACAUCGGAUGGGUCAUAUUAAAAUAGUAAUGUUGGUCACUUUUAAGACCAUUGCACAAGUGAGCUUUGAAAUCGAAUUGGAUCCUCAUUUAACGAUUGCCGAAGUAAAAGCGAAAAUAGCGGAAGAGAAGGGUGAGGCAGAAUAUCCCACUGAAUGUCAAAAACUCAUCUACAAUGGGAAAGUUCUUGACGAUGCUCAGACAGUUGAGGAAGUGAUGAUUGAUCCUUCAAAAUUUGUUGUCAUUAUGAUUACAAGAAAAAAGCCUGUUGGAGCUGCUCCUGUCGAGUCGACCGCUCAGCCUUCAAAUCUACAAGUACCCAUAGGUGCACAAACUACAUCAGUAACUCCAGCAUCUGUGACGGAUAGCAGCCCAGCGACACCACAAAAUCCAGAUGGUCUAACCCCCGAACAGGAAGAAACAGCUCAGGCAAUUGUGGCAAUGGGCUAUCCUCGUGAUAAAGUGAUUCGGGCUUUGCGGGCUUCAUUUUUCAAUGGUGAUCGUGCUGUUGAAUAUUUGUGUUCAGGAAUACCAGAGGAGGAAGAUUUAGGAGGACAGCAAGAAUCAGCGGAACAUGAAGAAGGAGAACGAGGACAAGGUCUAGGUCUUGGUUUCUUACGCCAAUUGCCGCAAUUUGAGCAACUUCGAGAACUGGUUCAGUCGAAUCCUGCUAUUCUUCCCCAAAUUAUUCAGCAAAUAGCUCAGUCGAAUCCAGCACUCAUGGAGGCCAUCCAAAAUAAUCAAGAAGAAUUCGUCAACCUGUUAAAUAAUGGUUCUGUUGGAAGUGGUGGUGGCGGUGGAGGUGGUGGUGGUGGAGUACCUCCUACUGGAGAACAGCGCCAAGUUGCCAUUCAUGUUACUGAAGCUGAACGAGAUGCAAUUAAUCGGCUAAAAUCCAUGGGUUUUCCGGAGCAGUUGGUUAUCGAGGCGUAUUUUGCAUGCGAUAAAAAUGAAGAUCUUGCUGCUAAUUACAUAUUAGCUCGCAUGGAUGAAGCAGCGGCGGAAUUUGAUGCACUCGAACAUCAAGGUGAAGAAAGUCGCGGACCUUGA